AUGAGUGAUAAAAAAGAUGAUCAAGUAGCGAUUCAACGAUUUGUUGAAUACAUUCAAGUAAAAACUGUUCAACCGGAACCGGAUUACGAUGGUGCUUUGAAAUUUUUGAAAAACUACGCACAAGAACUCGGACUUGAAUAUCGUGUUAUUACAUUAGAUGAAAGUCGACAUGUCGCUGUUUUAACUUGGCCAUCGUCAUCGGUAGAGAAGACGAUUUUGCUCAAUUCGCAUAUUGAUGUGGUACCAGUGUUUGAAGAAAAUUGGAUCGUUCCACCAUUCUCCGGUGAAAUUCUAGACGGAAAAAUCUAUGGUCGAGGUACACAAGAUAUGAAAUGUGUUGGUAUACAAUAUUUGGAAGCAAUUCGUCGGUUAAAAGCGGAGAACUAUGUACCGAAGCGGACUAUUCAUUGUCUGUUUGUUCCCGAUGAAGAAAUCGGCGGCGUACGCGGCAUGAAAAAAUUUGUUACACUUAGUGAAUUUAAAGAGUUAAAUAUUGGUUUUGCUUUGGAUGAAGGUUUAGCCAGUGAAGAUGAUGUUUAUCAAGUUUAUCAUGGUGAUCGUGCCGUCAACUGGAUCCAGUUCGUAGUUAAAGGUAACACCGGUCACGGAUCUCGUUUAAUCGAGAAUACAGCUGCCGAAAAGGCGCAAUUUAUCCUCAAUGAAAUGUUGAAAUAUCGUGCUGAUGAAAAAGAACGUUUGGAGAAAAGUCAAACAACGGACAAACCUCUUCAAUUGGGUAAUAUUACAACAGUUAAUCUGACUAAAAUUGCCGGUGGUGUUCAGCAAAAUGUUGUACCGGAUCAAUAUUCCCUAUGGUUUGAUUGCCGUAUCCGACCUAAUGGUUAUGAUUCGUUUAAACAGUUCUUACAAGAUGUUGUUCGACGCGUACCGAAACAAAAUGAUAAUGAAGCCGAACUCAUCUUUAUUCAGGAUAGUGGCCCAGCUGCUAUCACGGACGUCGAAAGCCCAUCGUGGUGGUUGCAAAUUUUUCGACAAACUUGCGAAGAAAUGAAAUGCAAAACGAAUUGGACAAUAUUUCCUGCCGCCACCGAUGGGCGAUAUUUACGUGAUUGCGGCUAUCCUGUUAUUGGUUUUUCGCCAAUAAUUAAUACACCUGUUCUUCUCCACGAUCAUAAUGAAUAUUUGCACCAAGAUGUCUUUCUUCGUGGUAUUGAAAUCUAUGUAAAAUUGAUUGCAAAUCUUACCAGUCAAUGA